AUGCUUUUCUUUUUCAUGAUAGAUAAUGUUAAAUUACUUGAUUUACCUGAUGAAUUAAUAUUAGCUACUGUGGAGAAAGGUAAAUCUCAAAUAUCCUUUCUGUACUCUAUGAUCGAUAUUGGUAAUCGUCGAUUGGAACAACUUACCUUCAACAAACGUCAUUCAAUUGAUUUCGUGAUUGAUUAUCUUGAAGGGAAAAAUUCGUCGUUAUUUGUGAACCGAUUCUAUUCCCAUAUUAUACUUCGUAUAUAUGAUCAAAUUCAAUCAUUAACGAUUCAUGUUCAUCAUAUUAAGUCUCUUCGUAAAUUUCUUCGAAAUAAUUACAAUGGAGCUCUUCCAAAUUUGACACAUUUAAAAGUUAGACUCUGUGCUAAGUGUCCUAAAACUGGUGCACCAUAUACGAUAGGAAACCAUCUAAUGUCUCACCUUGAAUGGCGGAAACGACUUCUUUAUACAAUUGUUCUUCAAUGGUUUCUAUUUCCUUCAUCUUUUGUUAGUGAGAAGAUAAAUGAAUUAUGUUACUCAACAAUGAUGCGUUCGAUCCAAUCAUUUCAACUUGAUAGUAAUUGUUGUUUGAGCAAAUGUUUUCGUAAAGGUGAAAGACACUUCGGAGAAGUAUUUCGACUAACUGAUCUUCGAAUUUUUUUAUUGGAUCUUGAACAAGGCAUUCAUCUUUUAUUGGAGCUCGGUUCACAACUUCAUUCAUUUACGGUAACUAUCGGAAAUUGCUUUUCAUACGAACCUAUUUUAACAUCUGAUCUGCAAUUGAUUUCAUAUCCUAAUUUAAAACAANAAAUGAAAGUAAUCAUUUAUAAAAACUUAAUAGAUUAUCAAGAGUGUUUUUCUCUUCUUCGAUGUUUGUCAAAUGUUGAAGACUUAACAUUAUUAUUAGCUAUCGGAGAAGAUGGUAUAAAACUCAAUUAUUUUAUUGAUGAAUUUGUUCUGGAAAAAGAUUUACUUUCGUACAUGUAUUGUGUACAUCAGUGUAAAUUUCAUAUUCGUUCAAUUUUAAAAAAUGUUUCUCAUGAAAUAAUCAACGAACUCGAACAAGAACAGAAAGCGAAAGAAAUCACAUUCAACAUCGAUCUCAUUGGUUUUCAUCAUUUAACUACACUUAUUUUAUAUGAUAUUCAUAUGGAUUAUGCUGAACAAUUUCUUUGUCAAAUUCAUAUUUCGUCUCUAGUGGAACUUGCUAUUGACAAACAUAUUUUAUUAACAAUAGUGGAACCAUAUCAUCCACAAGCAAUAGAUAAUUGCUUACGAAUUGGGAAACUACGAACAUCAGAACCUUCUUAUGAAAUUAUACAUACGAUUCAACAAUUUUUUCCACGAGCUGACUAUGUCAAACAUAAGAAUAAGUAUUGA